AUGCUGAAGAAUCCUGAGACAUGGCAUUCUAAGUCUGAUCCUCAACCAUCAGAUUGGCAAAUAGAGAUCCGUCGAGUCGAAGGCGAGAAGACACCGGUCAACCAAGCGAUCUUCAGGGUGCAAUCGCGCGUAUGCAACCUGUUCCGCCGCUUCCUAGACGACGAAGGGUUCAUCGAGAUCCACACGCCCAAGAUCCAGGGCGCGGCGACGGAGUACGGCGCGAGCGUCUUCAAGCUGGGCUACUUCGAGCAGACCGCCUUCCUGGCCCAGUCGCCCCAGUUGGCCAAGCAGAUGGCCAUCGCCGCCGACUUUGAGCGCGUCUACGAGAUCGGCCCCGUCUUUCGGGCCGAGAACUCAAACACCUAUCCCGAGUUCAUCGGGCUCGAUCUUGAGAUGGCCAUCAACGAACACUACCACGACCUUUUGAUUUAUCAAGCCAACUUCUGCUCCCGUUGGGAAACGGUUGUGAGCGCGCUCUGGGCCUGGCUAAAGCUGUUGACGGCCUCGAAGAUGAGCCGCGUCUCUGCCAGGUAG